UCCAUCCGGCCACCAGUCCACUGCCGCUGUUACGAACUAAUUAUUAAAAAAUAAAAUUAAAAAGUUACAUUAAAACUAUAUCGUGUUUCCGCGCCUUUUUUGGUGUUUAAGAGAGUAUUUGGGCUGAAGUUCUUAGUCGGAGAUGGAGCACGCCGAGUUCAGAGUGAAGGCCAAGGAGAUGGUAGACUACAUAGCGGACUACCUCGAGAACAUCCGCGAAAGGAAGGUGUACCCGAGCGUGCAGCCCGGGUACCUGCACAAGCGGCUACCCGCGACGCCGCCCGUGCAGCCCGAGGCUUGGGACGACAUCUUCAAGGACGUUGAUGACCAUAUCAUGCCUGGGCUGGUCCACUGGCAGUCCCCCCAUAUGCACGCUUACUUCCCCGCUCUGACGUCCUACCCCUCCAUCAUGGGGGACAUGCUGUCAAGUGCGCUCAACGUUCUUUGCUUCACCUGGGCAUCAUCACCAGCGGGCACAGAGCUGGAGACCAUCGCCAUGAACUGGCUCGGCAAGAUCCUGGGGCUCCCGGAGUGCUUCCUCAACGAGAAGAACGACAGCCCUGGAGGAGGCGUCAUACAGACGACUGCAAGCGAGGCCACACUGGUGAGCCUGCUCGCAGCCCGCACCAGGGCCCUCAUGGAGCUCUCCCGGCUGAACCCGGACCUGCAGUCUUCAGAGCUGCUCGGGCACCUCAUCUGCUAUUGUUCUGACCAGGCGCAUUCGUCGGUGGAGAAAGCUGGGCUUAUUGGUCUUGUACGCAUGCGUUACAUCGAAUCGGACGAGCAUCAGAGCAUGCGCGGCGCAGCACUAGAGGACGCUAUACUGGCUGACAAGGAAAAAGGACUAGUCCCUUUCUGGGUGUGUGCAACCCUCGGCACGACGGGUUCCGUGGCCUUCGACAAUUUGCGUGAAAUAGGCGCAGUAUGCGACAAGCAUGGCGCAUGGCUUCAUGUAGACGCCGCAUAUGCGGGCAGCGCGUUCGUCUGUCCAGAAUACAGACACUGGAUGAACGGGAUAGAGAUGGCGGACUCUUUCGCCUUCAACCCUUCCAAGUGGCUGAUGGUCAACUUCGACUGCACUGCCAUGUGGGUCCGGGACAGCACCGCUCUGCAUCGGACCUUCAACGUCAACCCGAUUUACCUAAGGCAUGAGAAUUCAGGAAAAGCUAUCGAUUAUAUGGUAGGCUCUCAAGUGUCAAACGUAAAACGAAUGUUACGCACCAAAGAGGUUAAAAUUAAUGAUGAAAUCAUCACGAAUGAUAAAGAACUGACAAAAACAAAUGAAAACCUGAACAACGAUGAAGAUUUGCCUGAUGAUGGAUUCAACAGCGGUGAUUCAAAUCAUGAUCUCUACGAUGAAGAUGAGGGUCUACAUGGUUAUGAUAAGAUGUCUCCUGGGUGCGGCGAGAAGAUCCAGCUGGAGAAUCCUGACAAGAAGGAAUAUUUACAUUGGCAGAUUCCCCUGAGUCGUCGCUUCAGGGCCUUGAAGCUGUGGUUUGUGCUGAGGAACUAUGGCGUCACCGGUCUUCAGAAGCAUAUUCGAGAGAGCGUUCGUUUGGCGCAGAAGUUUGAGGCGUUGGUUUUGGCUGACCAGCGGUUCGAAAUCCCGCAACCAAGGAAUCUAGGCAUGGUGGCCUUCCGCAUGAAGGGCGACAACGCCCUCACCGAGCGUCUCCUCAAACGUCUCAACGCCCGCGGCUAUAUUCACGCCGUACCGGCCUGCUUCAAGGGCACAUACGUCAUCCGUUUCACCGUGACGUCACAGAGGACUACCAAUCAGGACAUACUUGAUGAUUGGAACGAGAUUAAGAAAGUGGCUUCUGAGAUCCUGAUGGAGGUCUUCGGAUCUGACAAUGGCAACAUCGUCGUGCACAAGAAGCCUAGGAUCUCUCUCAAAGAGACUCGUGAGCUGAAUGCGACCUUCGGCACCAGUCUACUCCUGGCCAACAGCCCGAUGAGCCCCAAGAUAGUGAACGGCACCCACGCGGCCAUCUGCGACUAUGAGCAGGUGCUCACAUCCUGCGCGCAGACCUUCGCGCAGCUUAAGAUGGAACCGAAGGACAGUCCUGAGAUGCGUCGUCGCAUCCGCGCGAUCAAGAUGUGCGGGAAGAAGCUCUCCCUGGACUCCUGCAUGGACAUGGUCCAGGGGAUGAUGGUGGAACAGUCCCUCCCACUCUGCCACGAAGAGGGGGAGGAUGUCUCUAACGGAUCGAGCCCCGGUGACAGGUCCUCGCUGUCUCCUUCACCUGUCACCAUCAAAGCAGACGCCAGCCCGGAAUCGAACCAGCUACAACUCCCCACCAGGCAAUACCGCUCCAAAUCCGUUGACGUCUCCUUAACUGGUCUCAAACUCGACGACGCUAAAAUAACCAUUGAUGUUAAAAACAAUGAAAUAAUAAUAACACCUACAGGCUCAAAAGCUAUCACCGAUCCAAUCAAUGAUACACAGAAAUCAGUACACUUCAGCGAUCUAGAAGAAAAAUUAAACAUUGGAGACAAAAUCACUCAGGCAUUCGAAAAUUUCCAAGACGGUCUGCAAAUGCUUAGCGAAUUUAGACCGAAUGACAAUGAAAAUAAAGUUGAAAAUAAAGAUGAAUGUGAUACUAAACUCACUAUUAGAGGCCCCGGUAGUUAUAUUAAGAAGCUAAUUCAGCAGUUUAGUGAGGAUCCUUUUGGAACUGAAGAUGCUAAGCCAGAAGCUGAUAGAGGCAGCUCAAGCCAAACGAUAAAGGAAAAAGCUGACGCUAUUUGUAAAAAAUGUCUACAUUACAAGGGUAAGAUGUCUAAGUAAAUGUGUAACUUGGCAAUAAUAAUUACGGCAAUGGAAACGGUGUGUUUAAAUGUUUAGGUAAACUAAAUAUCGAA